AGCAAGUAUCAAUAGACAUGAAUUCUUAAACAUGACCCCGAAAAUAUUAAAAUAUGAUGUCAACAAAAUGCACGUGUGUGAUUGACCAAAUCGGAUGAAGUGAAAAAAAAACCCCACAUAGAGUGUGUUCUGAAAUCAUGUUGUUUUUACCAGGAGCUUUAAUACUGAGGGGCAAUCUGCUUCGAUGUGUCAGUAGCGUAUCAACUUAUCCUUGCAAAUGCUUCUGCCACAAAGGAACUAGGAAUUUAUCACAGACCGCUGGUUCUAAAGAGAUUCGCAAUAUUGGCAUUAUGGCACAUAUUGAUGCCGGGAAAACAACCACUUCUGAAAGAAUGUUAUAUUAUGCAGGGCAGACCAGAUACCUCGGAGAUGUUGAUGAUGGUGACACAGUAACGGAUUAUUUACCGCAAGAGAGGGACCGUGGAAUCACAAUUACCUCAGCAGCUGUUACGUAUCAUUGGAAGGACCAUCGAAUAAACCUGAUAGAUACUCCAGGGCAUGUUGAUUUUACAGUUGAAGUGGAACGAUGUCUAAGGGUUCUAGAUGGCGCUGUUGCUGUAUUUGAUUCCUCUGCAGGAGUUGAGGCCCAGACCCUGACUGUGUGGAGACAAGCUAAUAAUUAUUCAAUACCUAGAAUUGCGUUCUUGAACAAGAUGGACAAACAUAACGCUGACUUUGAAUUCUCAGUUCGUUCAAUAAAGGAGAAGCUACAAGUGAAGCCUCUUGUCAUACAGUUGCCUUUAGGCAGGCAUUCGAGUUUUGAGGGUGUUCUAAAUGUAGUAACCAUGGAAACAGUAAUAUGGAAUCCAAAAGGCGAUGGCAGAAACUAUGUAGAGCAACCUGUGAGUAAAGACAACUUGGUUAAUUGGAAGCAGUUGGUGGCAGCUCGUGGAGCACUUAUUGAAGACCUUGUGGAGUUAGAUGGUGAAUUUGCUGAGAGGGUUUUGGAAACAGAUAGUUUUGAUCCGCUUCAAAUUGAUUCUGAUGAGUUAAAGGCGGUAAUUCGCAGAGUGACGUUAGCCAGGGGUGCAGUGCCGGUUCUUUGUGGGAGUUCAUUGAAGAACAAAGGAGUUCAACUGCUGAUGGAUGCUGUAGUUGACUACUUACCAUCACCACAACAACAGAACCAAGAUUUAGUUUCAUCAUUUGAUGGAGAACUUUGUGCAUAUGCUUUUAAGAUUGUACAUGACAAACAACGAGGCCCUCUUGUGUUUCUACGAAUCUAUUCUGGUGAACUUAAAGCUCAAUCUGCCUUGUACAACUUGAAUAGAGGAACCAUAGAGAGAAUAAGUCGUUUAUUGGAGGUAUUUGCAGACGAGCAUAGGGAGGUUCACACGAUGUCGUCUGGCAAUAUUGCUGUUGCCGUUGGCCUAAAACAGACUAUGACAGGUGAUACAAUGGUUUCAUCCAAGUCAAAUCUUGCAAAAGUCUCAAAGGAAUCUAAAAGCCAAUCAAGUAGAAAGGCUAGAAGAAAGCUAGGCCCAGAUAUUGAAGACAAGGCAGCACGGCAAUUAGAGCUUCUUCCAGGCUUAGAUGUCCCCCAGCCUGUCUUUUUCUGUACUAUAGAACCUCCAUCCAUGGCCUAUCAAGAAGCUUUAGACCAUGCACUUGCUUGUCUUCAGAGAGAGGAUCCAAGUCUUCAUGUGAGGGUGGAUGAAGAGACAGGCCAAACGAUUCUUUCAGGAAUGGGGGAGCUUCAUCUUGAGAUAAUCCAUGACAGAAUUCGGAAGGAGUACAAGAUCGAUGCGUAUCUAGGUCCACUUCAGAUAUCAUACAGGGAAGCAAUCAUUGAACCGGUCUCAAAAACAACAAUUUUGGAGAGAACCAUUGGUGAUCAAAACCACCUGGUUAAUAUAGGGAUGAAGUUAACUCCUACAUUUGAUUUUACAAUACCUAACUCAAUUUUGAUAUCGGAACAAUGUGAAGCAUUGAAUUAUGGGAAGGAAUUCAUAGAUGCUGUUGAGAAUGGGGCAUUGUUAGCCUGUCAUCAAGGCCCCUUGAUAAAUGCACAAAUGCUAGGUGUUGAAAUAGCGAUUGAGAGCUUGAGUAUUGGUACCGGAACCUCCCCUGCCAUGGUGUCGGCUUGCGCAUCACAGUGUCUAAAAUCCUGUCUAAAAGCUACAGCAUCUGAAAUCCUAGAACCAAUGAUGAAUGUAGAAGUAACUACUGGUUAUGCAACAUCUUUGAGGACAAUAACAUCUGGAACAGCAACAUUCAGUUUAGAAUUAUCAAGCUAUGAAAAGAUGUCGCAGGCGGAUCAGGAUAUCCUUGUAAAGAAAAUUACAAGUUAUUGA